AUGGGCAACCCAACGUUAUUCAAGAGACAGGCGUCGAACGACGACAACAAGGAUACCGAAAACUAUGUGUGCGAUGCUUUUGGCUGUUACGAAUACUCCCACACCGCCUACGCCGUCAAGUGGGCCAUCAUCGCCGGCAUCUUCCUCAUCUUCUCCCUCUACUUCAUCGGUGGAUAUCUGCACGCUCAGCGGAGGAUGAAGCGGGGCCUUCCGCCACUGGCAUACCAUCGGUGGCUCGUUACACGCCGUCAAAAGGCCGCCUUCGUCCACCAACACCCCCAGUAUGCCGGCCAAUUUUCAUUCUACCGGGCACAGCAGGCCCAGGCAGGUCCUGGCGGGUAUGGGUACGGACGCGGACAAUCGUACGGAUACGCUCACGGUCAGGCAUACCAGAUGGGUGGGAUGUAUGGGCCACCGCCCCCGGCGUACAACGAGCCUGAAUACGUCCCGCCGUACAGUGGACCGAACAAGGUCGACCCGGACCAGCGGUACAGCCCUCCAAGUGGACCGCCUGCCGCUGCGGCGACGACGACGACGACGGCUCCAGCCGCGCCCGAGCCGGCCAGAGUGGCUUCUUGA